CUCCCUCUCUCUCUCUCUCUCUGUCAUUGCAUCCAUUUUUGUGCAUUUAAGAAACCUCCAAGAAUUGCCCACCUGGAUGAAGGCGAGCUAUAACCAGAGUGACGGACCCGAGGGUUAAGGACCGAAAAACUAAAACGAGGACGGACCGGACAUCUUUUAUUCCAACAUGCGAGUAAAGCCCCUCUAAAGGAUGGCAGCGAUGGGUUAGACAGGAUUUAACAUGACUGCAAAAUAAGAGCCACUGUGUGUAAAAGAUGUCUGCUCCACACGGGCCCCGCGGCGGCCCUGGCCCCGCCGCCGCUGCUCCCUCAGCGGCCGGCGCCAUGCCGGAGAUGCCGGACCUCAGCCACCUCACCGAGGAGGAGAGGAAGAUCAUCCUCGGCGUCAUGGACCGACAGAAGAAGGAGGAAGCGAAGGAACAGUCGAUGUUGAAGAUCAAAGAAGAACCAAAGCCUCAGCCGGCACAGUGGUUUCCCUUUAGUGGGAUCACUGAGCUGGUAAAUAACGUUCUUCAGCCCCAGCAAAAGUCCCAAAAUGACAAGGAGCCAGAGCCAGACGCGAAGUUGCACCAGCAGUUUGAAUCAUAUAAGGACCAGGUUAAGAAGAUGGGGGAGGAGUCUAAGCCGGUUCAGGACCAGAAGAGCGAAGCUCCGACCUGUGGGAUUUGCCACAAAACCAAGUUUGCUGACGGCUGUGGCCACCUCUGUUCAUAUUGCCAAACGAAAUUCUGUGCUCGGUGCGGAGGACGAGUGUCUCUGCGGUCAAAUAAGGAGGACAAAGUGGUUAUGUGGGUAUGCAACUUGUGCCGAAAACAACAAGAAAUCCUCACCAAAUCAGGGGCGUGGUUCUACGGCUCGGGGCCUGGUCAGGUGCGGGGCGUGUUUGAGGGUGGGCCACAGGGGAAGAAGGCCAAACUGCAGGACCCGUCCCUGUACCCAUACCAGGGAGCCUCAGGGGACUUGACACCAGCGUCAGACAGAAGCAGACCUCACGGCGGGCUCCUGCCCAGACAGGCGUCCCUCGACAACGGUUCGGGGCUAAGGUACUCGGGACCCGGCGACGCACCCAUAGACAGGAAACGAAGCCCAUCUGCAUCCAGGGAUCCAAACCAAAAAUACGACCAAAGGGAGGGGGGCGACCACUCACAGUAUGCCCCGACGGACGGCGGCAUGCCCAGAUCACCGUCUGACUAUGGGGAUGGGGACCCUCGGCGGGCUCCGCGGGGCCCACACAUGUACCCAGAUGUGGAUGCGGCAAGGAUGGGUUACCGGGACCGGCGGGGGCCCGGGCGCUGGCACUCGCAGGAAUACCCGCUCGACCAGGAGCUAGACGGACCGCCCAGCGAGUAUGACCUCCAGCGGCAACGUCAGGAGGAGUUCCAGGCGCGCUACCGCAGCGACCCAAACCUGGCGCGCUAUCCCGUCAAGCCGCAGCCCUACGAGGAGCAGAUGAGGAUGCACGCCGAAGUGGGCCGGUUGAGGCACGAGCGCCGCCACAGCGAUGUCUCCCUGGCCUACACGGAGCAGGAUGACCCCGGCCCCAUCCGGCUUUCCCGUCAACAUCUCACCGAGCGCCGGCCGCCUAUGGUGGGACAACGCUCCUACUCUGUCGACCGAUCCUCCCCAGGGCCCAUGGGUCCCGGCCUCGGAGGCCACAGAACCUCCAACCACAGCCCCCCAACACCACACCGCAGCCCCGUGCUGGGCGACCGGUCGGGGGAUCUGCGAAGAGGAGACCUGGGCGGGGAUCCCAUGAGGAGGCAGCAGCACCACUUGGACCCUAGUUCGGCUGUCCGCAAGACCAAGAGGGAGAAGAUGGAGAGCAUGUUGAGGAAUGACUCUCUUAGCUCAGACCAGUCGGAGUCAGUGCGUCCGCCACCCCCCAAACCUCACAAAACCAAAAAAGGAGGGAAGAUGCGGCAGGUGUCACUGAGCAGCUCGGAGGAGGAGCUGGCCACCACGCCAGAGUACACCAGCUGUGAGGAUGUGGAGAUAGAGAGUGAGUCAGUCAGCGAAAAAGGGGACAGUCAAAGGGGAAAAAGAAAAACUAAUGAGCAGGCAUUUAUGUCCGAGCCGACACACACCUUAUCUGAGAGGCAAAAGAAAAUGGUGCGCUUUGGGGGACACUCAUUUGAAGAGGACUUGGCAUGGUGUGAGCCGCAGGUUAAAGACUCGGGAGUUGAUACGUGCAGUAGCACUACCCUAAACGAGGAGCAUAGCCAUAGUGAGAAGCACCCGGUGACGUGGCAGCCGUCCAAAGAUGGGGAUCGCCUAAUAGGGCGUAUUUUGCUCAACAAGCGCAUGAAAGAUGGAAGUGUGCCUCGAGACUCAGGAGCUCUGCUUGGUCUGAAGGUGGUGGGAGGCAAAAUGACAGAAUCUGGUAGACUUUGCGCUUUCAUCACUAAAGUGAGGAAAGGAAGUCUAGCAGACACUGUCGGACACCUCAGACCAGGUGACCAAGUGCUGGAGUGGAAUGGGAAGCUUUUACAAGGAGCCACGUUUAAAGAAGUUUACAAUAUCAUACUAGAGUCCAAGCCUGAGCCGCAGGUGGAGCUGGUGGUCUCGCGGCCCAUAGGAGAUAUUCCAAGGAUACCAGACAGCACACAUGCACAACUGGAAUCAAGCUCGAGUUCUUUUGAGUCUCAGAAGAUGGAUCGCCCGUCCAUCUCUGUCACGUCUCCCAUGAGUCCCAGCAUGCUGAGGGAUGCUCCCCAGUACCUGUCAGGACAACUAUCAAGCCAAAGCCUUAGUAGAAGAACAACGCCUUUUGCCCCUAGGGUCCAGGUCAAACUGUGGUAUGACAAAGUGGGGCAUCAGCUAAUCGUCACCAUUCUGGGCGCCAAAGACCUGCCACCCAGGGAAGACGGCCGGCCCAGGAACCCAUACGUCAAAAUCUACUUCCUCCCUGACAGAAGUUUGAAUUAUUGUUCCUCCAGCGACAAAAGCAAGAGGAGAACAAAAACAGUAAAGAAAUCCUUAGAGCCCAAAUGGAACCAGACCUUUAUGUAUUCGCCGGUGCACCGGCGGGAGUUUCGAGAGCGCAUGCUGGAGAUCACGUUGUGGGACCAAGCCCGGGUGAGGGAGGAGGAGAGCGAAUUCCUGGGAGAGAUCCUGAUCGAGCUGGAGACAGCUCUUCUGGACGACGAGCCGCACUGGUACAAGCUACAAACACACGACGUGUCGUCCAUCCCACUCCCACGUGCCUCCCCGAACGCACAGCGCAGGCAGCUCCACGGAGAGAGUCCAACGCGGCGGCUGCAGAACAAAGGCUCAUAUUCAUACAACUCAGGAUCCCAGAGGAUAAGUGACAGUGAGAUCUCAGACUACGAUUGUGAAGAUGGUGUUGGGGUAAUAACAGACUACCGGACAAAUGGCAGAGACUUCCAGAGUUCCACGUUGUCUGUCCCUGAGCAGGUCAUGUCUUCUAACCACUGUUCUCGAUCAGCUGAUAUCAAUAGAGCGCGGUCGCGCUCGCCCAGCGUUCCCCCACCCUCCAGCCGCAACCAUCGUGUGUACCCGAUCUGCCGGGAGGAAGCAGUCAGGUUACUGCGUUCCACUAGGAUGGCUCGCGCCUAUUCAGAAGGCGCCUACUCCUCCGACUUUGACUAUGAGAGGAACCACGGAGCCAUGGAUAGACACGAGUAUCACAGCAGGUCCCGCUCCGCAGACCAGCGGCCCACUAUAGAGCGCCCCACGUCCCGCUCGCGCUCCACUGAACGCCCCCACGACUCUUCGCUCAUGAGGUCCAUGCCAUCUCUGCCAUCUGGGAGGUCCGCCCCCCCUUCACCUGCCUUGACGAGGGCACAUCCUCGUAGCGGAUCAGUCCAGACUAGUCCCACCGGCACGCCUAUGUCCAGUAGACGAGGUCGGCAACUCCCACAGCUUCCACCCACAGGGAAGGACAGAAAAGAUGGAGACGAAGGAACAGAGCCUUGUGAAGGUAUAGACAUGGAGGAGAGGACCAGACAGAUGAAACUAAAGAUGAACAAGUACAAGCAGGGGGCCGGCUCCGACUCCAGACUGGAGCAAGACUAUCAUAAGCGGCCGGGCAGAGAUCCACGGGGCUCCGACAACUUGUCGGCCAAGUCGUCGGACAGCGAUGUAAGCGACGUGUCCGCUGUGUCGAGAACCAGUAGCGCCUCUCGGUUCAGCAGCACGAGCUACAUGUCUGUCCAGUCAGAAAGGCCGCAAGGAAACCGCAAGAUCCGCCAGUUGCGGUCAAGGAGCCAGUCUCGGGAGGGGGAGGAGCAGUUAGGAGAGGUGCAGGAGGAGGAGGAGGCAGGAGAGAAAGAGAAGGGGGCCAGCAAUGGGGGGAAGCUGCAGGGAGGGAGGAAGAGUUCAGGGGGGAAGGUAGAGAAGGAGCAUGAGGAGGAUUUGAUGGAGAAAGAAGAGGACUUGCACCAAAGGAGUAUCUCAGAGACUGACCUCAGGCAGAUGGGCUCAUCGGGCGGGGUGAACAUGACCAAGAGCACAAGCAUCAGCGGCGACAUGUGCAACCUGGAGAAGACGGACGGCAGCCAGUCGGACACGGCGGUUGGCACGGUAGGCACUGACGACAAGAAGAGGCGCUCCAGCAUUGGUGCCAAAAUGCAGGCCAUGGUUGGCAUGUCGCGCAAGAGCAGGAGCACCUCUCAGCUCAGCCAAACAGAAGCGGGAGGCAAGAAGUUGCGCAGCACUAUCCAGAGGAGUACGGAGACGGGCCUGGCGGUGGAGAUGAGGAGCAGGAUGACUCGGCAAGCCAGCCGAGAGUCCACAGACGGCAGCAUGAACAGCUACAGCUCCGAGGGAAAUCUCAUCUUCCCCGGAGUGAGGCUCUCCUCAGACGCCCAGUUCAGUGACUUCCUAGAUGGUCUCGGCCCUGCUCAGCUGGUUGGGCGACAGACGCUGGCUACUCCGCCUAUGGGGGACAUCCAGAUUGGCAUGGUGGAUAAGAAAGGAGCGCUGGAGGUGGAAGUCAUCAGAGCCCGUGGCCUUGUGGGAAAACCAGGUUCCAAGGCACUGCCAGCACCAUAUGUAAAGGUCUACCUUUUGGAAAAUGGAGUCUGCAUAGCCAAAAAGAAAACUAAAGUAGCGAGAAAAACCUUGGAUCCUCUUUACCAGCAGCAACUGCCGUUUGAGGAGAGUCCUGGAGGGAAGGUUUUACAGGUUAUUGUUUGGGGCGACUACGGACGCAUGGACCAUAAAUCAUUCAUGGGAGCAGUUCAGAUACUGUUAGACGAGCUGGACCUGUCCAACAUGGUGAUUGGCUGGUUCAAGCUCUUUCCUCCGUCCUCAUUGGUGGAUCCUACACUGGCCCCACUGACAAGAAGAGCUUCCCAAUCCUCACUGGACAGUUUCUCUCGAUCAUAGCAGCGUGUGGACUGAUAGCGUUGUUGUAGCAGCCAGUGUUGCGAUUUACAGGUCACGCCCCCCGGUUACACUGCAUGCUUGAUGUUGUGUCUUCUGAGCCUGUUUCUAGGGGUGCAAACGUGAUCCUGUGUUUUGAGCAAAAACGUCGCACACAUUGUGCACAUGGCGAUGCGUGUCGCAAGCGCCUGGCGGCAGGGAUUGCCGGGUGUUAUUGUUGUUUGGAGGAAGCCGGAAUGAACUCCUUAGCACGAGGAAUCUGUAAGUUCCAGGUUUUCAUCCAAUUCGAAGCCAUGGGGGUCAGCACUGGGAACCACUUAACGUGUUCUACAGGAACCCUUUUCGAAUUUCAAAAAAAAAAAACAAAAAAAAACGUGUUGUUUUGAUUUUUUUUUUCGUUUGUUUGUUUUCAUUUGUUUUGUUUUAUUAUUUCUUUCAAUGUCAGUGUACUUGUAUCUGAAGGGGGUGACAGUGUUUCUAACCAGAUGCUUGGUCACGCCACGCCAACAGACCGAGCUGUGUAGAUGGAGUUUUGGAGACCAUCACUUUGGAUGAGGUGUGUCCCAGCUUGUAUCCACACUCCCCCAAAAACACAAAAAAGAGAUGCCCCGCAUACGCUACCCGCACUGGUAAACCAACACAAAGAUUAGUUAAUCAGAGGCAAUACCGAAGUGGCUACCAUCAACACUCCAAAAUACACAGCAACGACUCAAACCCCAAGAUGUGCAAUCUUACCAUCAUUCUCUCUCUGUUGAUAUAUUGUAUGAAAAUUAAAUGAGAAAAAAUAUUUUUUCCUUUUUAGUUCAUUUGCAUGGACAUAAAUUUAGCUGAAUAAAAAAAAAAGAAGAAGAAAACAGAAAAUUAUUUUCUUGAGGCUGCAACUUGCAAAAAAAAAAAAGAGAAAAAUAAAUAAAACAAAUCAGCCAUUUUCAACAAUUUAUAUUAUUUUUAAAGAUAAAUUUCACUAGUGCAUGGUUUUGAAGGGGAGUGAAUGCAACGUCGUGAUUGAAAAGAAAAAAAUACAUUGUUUGUCAUUCUUUAGACCAUUCAUGGGUCUGUGUUUUGCAGACGUGCAGAUAAGGGAAACAUAACGGAAACUUUUGGAGUUAUUUAACAGAAAAUGUUUAUGUGACAAAAAGUGAUAAUGAAAAUAAAUGUAAAUGAUUUAUUUCAUUGUAAAAAGGCUCAGGCCUUAUAAAGAUAAACAUUAUGUGCAAAUUGUACAUGUUUCUCUUUUUCUUCCUCGUCCCAGGGUACUUCUCAUUGUACUAUUCAUUGCUACCAUUGUUCAGUCCCCUGAUAACGUACGGAUUUUAGGACUGUUGGUUAUUUUACACUUCUGUAUUGUUUCAGUCUGUAUUUUAUUUUGAAUUUGAUUUGUUUAACAAGCAUGUUGAAAAGGAUUUUCUGCAACAUGGCUUGGGCACACCUUACAGUAACUCAGCAUGUUUUGAUAAAGAUGAUAUUUGGAAUUUUUGCAGUUUCUUGUACAGUGCAUGUCAACUUCAUUACGUUUCUCCCUCACCUUAAAUUGAGCUCUACAGCAAAUUAGUUCUUGGUCUUCCAGGGCCAGUUAUUGAAGUUUUAACAAAACAUUCCACCCCCCCAAAGUCAUAUUUUCUUUCAGGUUUUUGAGGAAAAAAAUAAUAAAAAAAUGACAAGGAAAUUUUUUAUAUUUAAUCGAGGCUGGCGAAACAGUUGUGAUUGCAAGUGUAUUUUAUUUCAGUAUUGUUGACAAACAUGCAAAAAUCAUCUGUACUGGUACAGUAAGAGGUCUAUACCUAAUCAAGAGGCAGCGAACAUGCAAGAGAUGUGUGUUGCUGUGAUUCAAUUUUUCAGGCACUGUUUGUGAAGAUGAGCUAAUCGUAAGUUCAAAUAAUAAGGGAUAUUGCCACAGAAAAUGUUUCGUUUUUCUUGUUUUAAUGAAAAUGAAAUUAAUUUACUAUAUUUUUGUUAGUUUUAUUUAAAAGCCAAGACCAGUUUAUUUUUUAUUUUCUAUUUUUAGUAAUUAUAAGUACUUCUCAUGUCUGGGAAGUAAAUGAAUCUUAUAGUUGCAGUAUGUCUGAAUGAAAUUGAACUGAGGCAUUGUUCCUUUUCCACGUCAAGAUAAUGCAUUUUAAUGUCCAAAAAGAAAACCUUGUCGCUGUAACAGGCUACAGUAUAUAUUUUCAUUUUGAUUUUCAUUGUACAUACGUUUAGAUGUCAAACUUUGAAUAAACAGGCUACCAUGAAUAGAUUGAUAGACUCCGCUGGAACAGGAAAAAUGCCUCAUAAUGACAAAGACAUAUGUUAUUUAUCCUUUUGAAUGCCUUUUAAUUUUCUCUUUUUGGUGCAAUGUGUUAAUGCCAAGGCUAUGUCUUGGUUAAGUAUGGUUGAGUACAGAGAUUUAUGUAAGUUAUUUUUCAAAUUAAAAAUAAAAAAUUGAUAUUACACUGA